AUGUUGGAUAGUUGUUUCACUCUAACAUUUGCGAUAGAAGUCGUAUUAAAUGAAGAAAAUUCUCAGAAUGACAACUUAAGUAUGGACUGGACGGAAUUAGGGCCGUGUAGCCAAGGUUUAAGGCUUCACUACACAUUAUAUCAAGGCUAUACGUAUGACCUAGAUGUUCUAAUGUGGUCGAAUGCUGGUAAAAUAUGGUGUGGGAACAAAUAUGGUUGGGUGAGAACUUGGCAAUUCUUUAAUAAGCAUUGGAUGGUGUUCACUAUACGACAUAAGUUUCCAGUAAAAGUUGAAGAAUUCCGCCAUCUUGAAAUUGUCAUAGUACCAACAGUCGGAGUUGGAUCGUUAGGUAUCAACGCAAGAAACGACAAGGAUUUUUUAAUAUUGAUUCCACCUCUAGUGUUUGGCGAGCCUCGAUAUUUUGGAAAAAUAGUGGAAAAUGAAGAAGAGGAUGUUCGACAUCAAGACGCAAUCAUAGGAUUUAUAAGAGAAACAAUGUUGACAUCUAACCUUCAAUUCAAUAACAUUGGUGGAGAUAGUGAAUCAUCGAAUCAUAAAGAUAAAUUAAAAAAGCCUAUGCCUGAAUCGGAAAGUUAUAAACUGAAAAUAAACGGAGAAGCCAUUCUUGCUGGGUCUGGAAAAUUAAAUCGAUUUCUCGAAGUCGGACAUCGUUCGACACUACACGGUCGCAUUUUGACUGUAGUUAGUGCUAACAACUUGCCGGCACAAGACGAUUUACCUAUUAUGUUCGUUAAUAUUCAAAACUUGGAGAAUAUACCUACAGAUGAAUUUCUAAAAGCCGGUAUUCAUCAAAUUUAUACACGUUGGAAAGUGGGAAAAACAGAGCAUGAUUCUGUGUUGCAAAAUGUGACCACUGACAUCAAAGUUGUAUUUAAUGACAACCAUGUUAUACCGAUUGAUAAAUCAUUAAUAAUUGAUUUAUUUAAUGCACUUAUGGAUAAUGCCUUUGAUGUGCAGUUGCGCGGAAUUAGAAAAAAUCCAGAGAUGGAAAAUUUUCAAAAUUUAUUUAGUGUACAAUCGAAUAAUACGACUUCUGGUUCUAUGAAUGUUAAUAAUGAAGAAGAUAUUCUUAUAGCAGUCACUCGUAUCGAUGUCCGAGAAUUGUCCAAAGGAUCAAAUAAAGUCAUAUCUGGAGAGUUCUCCUUGUAUCCAGAACAUACUGACAUUUCAAAUUUAAGAAGUGACUGCACAAAUGAUAUCAAUGAAAUAUGUUCUAUGCAAAAGAACAAGAAUGGUUUUCAACCGCAUAUCGUACUUGAUUCACAAAUGAUGCUUGAACUAUCAAUUGGUUUACUUGGAUGUGAAAUACAUUUAUGGAAAAGUUAUUCCCGAGUUUAUGCAUUAGCUAAAAGCGCGAAAGUAGCAUAUGAUGUUUUAGAAAAUAUUGAAGAGUUGAAUCAAAGAAUACGCUCGAAAGAACAUUAUUUAACAGGAUUUUACCUCGAUACCGGUGACAAACAUUUCAUUUUUAUAGAAGGUGAAAAGAAUAAGGAUAUUAUCAAACUUUGGGAAGAAAUUGAAGAUUAUUAUCCUAAUGUUAUAUGUAAUUUCUCUAGUUCAGAUACCUAUUUGGAGAGAAUUUACCCAGAAAUGGUUACUUCUAAUAGGCCUUUCGAUGUUUUAAAAAUGCGUGUAUCGCUAUCGUCUUUGUUGGCUUGCCCUCCAGUCUACGCCCUUCCUACGUUACCUUUGCCCUCACGAACGGCUAUGAUAAAGAUAAGUCAAAUAAUAUCUGGAAAAUUAAACAAAACACCAUCUCGUAGGGAUAUGCCGACUGCGUCAGAAUUACGAAGUUUCAAACUUGAACUAUGUGCACCUUUACGAUCAUUUUGCUUCUAA